CCCUGCGCCUGGUCUCCGUCCGCUCCUUCGUUCACACCUUCUUCCACUAGGACGCUGGUCUCCGGUGGUGGGGGACGAGACGACCGUCGUCCGUCGACUCCGAGCUCGCUCACGGCCGCGGCUCUGGACUCAUCGCACGCGCGAGAGGAUCCCCCUCCCCGAGAUCUGCUGUGGUGAGAGCUGCCGAGAAGCCGACGUGCUCGUGAACAUCUCAAGAAAAUAAAAAUGGAGGAGGUGGAGGAGGCCAACAGGAUGGCCGUGGCGAGCUGCCACAGAGUGCUUGGCCUGCUCGCCCAGACCCAGGACCCGGCGCAGCUGAGGAGCAUAGCUCUGGGCACGGACGAAGCCUGUGCAAAGUUCAGGAAGGUGGUCUCCCUCCUCGGCAACGGCAACGAAGGAGGGGGAACCCAUCCUAGAGCCAAGCUUGUGAGCAGAAGGCAGACCCCCGGGUUCUUGAGCCAGAAGAGCUUCUUGGACAACAACACCCCGGUGGUGGUGCUGAACAGUGCGCACCCCUCGACCAGCUCUGCCCAGGUGUAUCCCAGAAACAGCAGCAUUCUGGAUUCACAGCCCGCGCACCCAAUCGGGGGGCCUCCCAAGCUGGUCCAGCCGUUGUCCGCGCAUUUCCAGUUCGGCGACUCGUCGCGGUAUAAUCAGUUCCAGCAGCAUCAGCACCAGCAGCAGAAGAUGCGGGCCGAGAUGUUCAAGAGAAGCAACAGUGGGAUCAACUUGAAGUUUGACAGCCCCAGUGGCACGGGGACGAUGUCGUCCGCGAGGUCCUUCAUGUCGUCUUUGAGCAUGGAUGGCAGCGUGGCCAGCCUGGAUGCCAAGUCUUCCUCCUUCCAUUUGAUCGGUGGGCCUGCCAUGAGCGACCCGGUGAAUGCGCAGCAGGCGCCAAGGAGGCGAUGCUCAGGGCGUGGGGAGGAUGGAAAUGGCAAGUGUGCUGCAACUGGCAGGUGCCAUUGUUCUAAGAGAAGCAGGAAGUUGCGGUUGAAGAGGACGAUUAAAGUUCCCGCAAUUAGUAAUAAAAUUGCUGAUAUACCUCCAGAUGAAUACUCCUGGAGGAAGUAUGGGCAGAAGCCAAUUAAGGGCUCCCCUCAUCCCAGGGGGUACUACAAAUGCAGCAGUGUGAGGGGCUGCCCUGCGCGGAAGCAUGUUGAACGUUGCGUGGAUGAUCCGUCGAUGCUCAUUGUGACAUACGAGGGCGAACAUAACCAUACGCGAAUGCCAACUCAGUCUGCGCAAGCUUAGGGAAUCCCCCAAUUAUCACUCUUUUCAGGAAAGGCCAACUCGCCGGCACUUGUUGGACAGACUGCGUUGUUCUCCUAAAUUAGGAUUGCGAAGUGACAAAUAUGGAAUCCAUUUGAGCAGUUGAUGUGUCGAUUGGCCUCCUGACCUACAUGUUUUGUAGCGAGUGUCAAGUGGGAGGAUGCAAAAAUGUUGUUCUCCCUUAAGGAGGUAAUCAAAAUGAUGAAAUGUUAGAACAAGAUGUUAGAUAGGAAACCUGAGAUUUGCUCAGGAGGGAGUGCGGAGAGUCGGAAGGGAAGGUAGAAAUUGGGGGAUGAUAUGUGUGUAAAGUAGCAAAAAUUGAUAAAAUCACUGGGUCUCCCUCUUUUUGUACCAAGUGCACAAAAAGUCUGGAUUAAAAUCAAAUAAAUGAGACAGAACCAAUUUGUGGUUGGAUA